CGACACUAGUACUACCGAUUUUCCAUUUCGGCACAUUUCUUAUCUGUAUGUACACUCGAUGAUCGGGGUUCAAAUUUGUCCGGGAUUUUCGGUCAGUUCCACUGAAUCCACUUUACCUCGCACGGUAUAUGAAUUCGCGCAGAGAUAGGGGGAAAAAAUACGUUUCCUUUUCUGCAGGACAUGAAGGAGUGAUAACAUGCUGAAAGGGGAGUAUCAUACAGCGGAUGAAAUACGACUGGUAAUUCGGCCAAAGCCAGCGAUGUCCAACUUACACGUGCAGCUAGUGCACCAGACUUGCACCAACAGUGAAUCGUGAGCAUUAUGCUGUCUCGCGAUCUGAGGCGAUCACACCUACCUUACGAUCUGCUCUACGAGACCGUCGCGUUGCUCGACUUUGAAACCCUAAAAUCAUUCUCGCUCGUCAGUCGGGAUUGCAGGCUGGCCUCAUCUUCGCGAUUAUGGAAGGCAUUUACCAUCUGCAUUGAUUAUCGGUUCACGAGGGGAAAUUAUAAGCUAGGAUCAGAGUUUCUCCAACUGAUAACCCGCUUCAUCAUUGUCAAGCCUCGAGCAGGUCAUAUCCAAGACCUCCGCAUUAGGCUCCAUUCCCCGAUUGGCCCCCCAAAAGGUGGAGAGCUUAUGGUUAUGCAAGGGAUUGAUUAUCUAUUCGAAGGAAUACGCAGGCUAACUAAUCUUCGAUCGCUCGAGUUCCAUAUCCUUGUUCACCAACGCGAUUUUGCUCAUGCACUACGCGGAAUGACCUUUUCCCCCCACUUGGAGCGUUUCGCCACAAACCUUCACUCCGCUCAGGUCAGGAGUUUCGAUGAAUUAUUCCUCACAAUGCAAUCCAUCAAGUCGAUCCGGUGGAUGACCAACAGUACAGUGUUCCAAUCCGAGAUGCCCAUUUCGCCACUACGAAACCCACUUCCAAAUUUAACCGAACUCAUUGUGUGUAGCGUGUCAUAUACCGCUUUGAUGUGUGGUAGUCCGGUGACCCAUCUGACGAUACACGAUCUUAAAGCCGAAGAUCCGCCCGGGAUACUUAAACACAUUCAGCUCUCCACCCGCGACCUCACGCACUUGGAAGUUCAUGUUGACCUCAACGUUCGAUCGCCAACUAUAUCACUAUGUCCUGACCUCAUACAGCACAUCCCCAGUCUCCGCUAUCUCAGGAUGUCCCAUCGGUGCUGGACUGAAACCCAUUCCGAGGAAGGGUUCGAAAGUCUUAGAAUACUUGGAGACUUGCCAUUUUUGAGAGAAUUCGUAUGGACCGGGGGAAGCAGUUAUUGGCACGAUCAAUUGUUGGAUAUGAUGGAAAGAGGACGUUUUUCCAGUUUGCAGCGUGCCAUAUUCGGGCCGAGUCGUCCCACGGGAGACAAGACGAAAUAUUUGAUCAGGGAAAAUGGCAAGGCGGUAUUGACCGAGGUGUUGAAAGGCGUAUAUUUGACAACCAGGCCCCGUCAUUCCGAAGUUUCGUCCACCUUAUAAGUGCGGACAGGAGCCGAUCACAUCACGACGCCCCCAGAUCGUGCCUCUGAGCUUUGUUUUGGUAUGGGCAGGUGUCAAUCCGAUCGCGGUGAUGAUGCCGAGCCUUUAGCCAGCAUCCAUCUUCCUUUGGAGAAGGCACAAACGGGGAAAGCUCGUCAGUCUCUUCAUUUUCAAUUCCGUCUGCGUUUCACUCGCGACGAUGUCGUUGCAUGCCUUGAAGGCACAAAAUACCACAAUCUUAACAGGGUUUAUAGUAUUAUUAAGAUCAUCUAUACUUCGGGCAUGAUAGCUGUUACUGUACUGGAGCUUAUAUGGCCAAUAUUGUUAUUCAAUUAAACCAUCACUGCACCAUCUGCCAGAGUUUUCUGACCCAUCUUUUGACCGAACUUCUCGCC